GCUUAGCUUUAUGACACACCUCUGGUGGGGGCGGGGCCACAGUGAAGCCAGCCAAUCACAGGCGCGGACACAAACGCUGCCGCGUCUGAUUGGCCCGGGCGCCUGUCAAUCACAGGAUGAGAGCGCUGUCCUCCAGAACGCACUUUAUUCCGAGAGAGACUCGGAUCCGUCAUGCACCUCAGAGGGGCCUCCGAUCGCCCCGAUGAUGACCGGCCGCCGCGUCACUCCGCCCGGGCCGUCCCCGCCUCGAGACGAGACCCACGAGACAACCGCCAACUUAAUUUAAGAGCGUGACUAAUUAAAACGAGGCCCGCGAUGGAAGGCACGCACACGGUGCUGCGUCUCUACAAACCCAUCCAGGAGCUGAGCUUCAUCAGUCUCUACUUCCCAACGAGGAAGUCCCGAGGCGUCUCACGAGCUGGCCAAACCCCUCGAGAAGUCCGGCCUCGGGAUGAAGACGCUAAACAAAGAGGCCAGUAUCUGUGCGAGGGAGCGGUCACUCAGCUCCGCUGGCUCGCCUCAGAACACCGCCAGCUGCUGACCGAGCUCCUGUCUUUGUGCAGCGACUGCGCAGACAGGAUUAAGAUGGGCAACCAAGACGGGAAGCUUCUGGAAGGAUACGGAGAGCACCUCGGGGGGGAUGCCAGCGGCGCCGGUUCUCCCGAGCGUAAGAGAGCGGCUUCCAGAGUUCGGAAGCUGAAGAAGCUGGGUUCGAAGAGUGCCGAAGAGUUCUUGCAGAGCAGGAUUAAGAAGAAGGUGCAAAGCGGAGCUGCCGAGUUUCCUCCGCUCGCCGGCGUAGACACCCCGGGAUCCGGCUCGUACGUGAGCGUCUCCAGCGAGGCUUUUCUUCCAAUGGAGGAACACUUCCAGAUCGCGAACGACGGGUGGGAUUUCAUGGAGGAACCCCGCUCGUUUGAAUCCGACAUGGAUCUUUGCGCAGAGCUGUCGGAGAUCGAUGACCGACUAGGAGAAAAACGCGAGACUGCGGCCGACGGGAACCGACGAGGUCAACCGAGUUUGGACGUCAAUCAAAGAGAGGUAAGGAUUGAUGGGAAAGAGGAACCCGCGUCUCACGCCGGAAGAGAAGAGGCCAAGGUGAACAAUGAGAGAAGCGUCUCCGGAAGCUCUAACCUCCGUCCCUGGAGCAGGAGCCCCACGUCGAGCUCCCUAACGGCGUCUUAUCCUCCAGCGAGUGCAUCUCCGGUCUUGUCGCCUCUGUCUUCUCAGCUCUCGAGUCCUCAGAUGAACCACCGGAUCGUGUUGCUGCCCGAGGACGACGGAAACCAGCGCUCUUCGAGAGACGAGGUCAAAGUGGGCACCGAGGUCAUGGACAGGAACGGCAACCGGCGGACGGUCACGCGCUUAGACCUGACCCUCAGCAAUCACUUCUGUCUGAACGGAGCCGGGACCUCGAGCGCCACCACCUCAGAAAACUCUCUCCUGCGUCCCGAGGAUAUCUGGAUGCUGGAUGCAGAUGAGUCCGUUACCCAGGAGGCUUUGCUGCGUCCCAGCAGACCGGAUCACCUGGACUUCCUGAGGAUCACUCCGCCGGAGGACGACAUCAUCGGAGACACUCCGUACAAUCCCCGACUCGGAAUAACUUCUGAGGUCACGUCUCCGUCCGAGGCCGAGGACCGGACCCCUGGCCGUCUGCAGGCCGUCUGGCCUCCACCUAAAGAAGAUGGAGAGGAGAAGGUGGGUCUGCGCUACACUGAAGCAGAGCACCAGGCCGCUCUCCUGCAGCUGAAGAGAGAAUGUAAAGAAGAGCUGGAGAAACUUCAGGUGGAUUUCGAGCUGCGGAUCUUCCAGGUUCGAGGCGAGCAUGCGGAGGUGGUGUCUCGUCUGGAGUCUGUCAUCGAUGGGAUGCAGCGGACGCAGACGUAUAACAGCGUCCAGGAGCGUGGCCAGCUGCAGGACGUCUCUGUCUCCACUGAAGACCACCAGCCUUUCAAAAGCUUCCGCAAUGUGUGCGUCCAGACGGACCGCGAGACCUUCAUCAAAACCCCCGAGUGCCAGACCAGACCAGCACCGAGCUCCAGCUCCAGCCCGCCCAAAAAACUGGACCUGGACUCUAUCAGCAUGAGUCUGGGUGUGGGUCCAGGGCCGCCUCCUCUACCGGGUAGCUCCGCCCCUCCUCCUGCUCCGCCCUUACCUGGACUCUCACAUGCCCCGCCCCCACCCAGUCUACCAGGAGCUCCGCCCCCUCCUCCACCUCUGCCUGGAGCCUGGAGCCCUGCCCCUCCUCCUCCCCUACCUGGUUUACCAGGAGCUCCGCCUCCUCCCCCGCCUCCACCCGGAGCCACCCCUCCUCCACCUCCACCUGGUUUACCAGGAGCCCCGCCCCCUCCUCCACCUCCACCCGGACUCCCGGGAGCUCCGCCCCCUCCUCCACCCAUACCGGGCUGUGGCGUUCCUCCUCCACCUGCUUUCGGUGGCUUUGGCUUCAGUCAAGCAACGGAGAAAGCUCCACGUAAACCGGCCGUGGAACCGGCCUGCCCCAUGAAACCUCUCUACUGGAGCCGCAUCCAGAUUCAGGACAACAAUAAUAACACACUCUGGAGUUCACUGGAAGAGCCUGAUAUCAUAGACACCAAAGAGUUUGAGGAUCUGUUCUCCAAAGCCACUGUCCAGCCCAAGAAGAAGCCACUGUCAGACACAUACGAGAAGAAGAACAAAGCCAAGAAGAUCGUCAAGCUGCUGGAUGGCAAGCGCUCUCAGGCCGUGGGAAUACUGAUCUCCAGCCUCCACCUGGAGAUGAAGGACAUUCAGCAGGCGGUUCUGACGGUGGAUCAUUCUGUGGUGGAUCUGGAGACCAUCGAAGCUUUAUAUGAGAACAGAGCUCAGCCUGAAGAACUGGAGAAGAUCAAGAAACAUUACGAGACGUCUAAAGAAGACGAGGUGAAGCUGCUGGAUAAACCCGAACAAUUCCUGUAUGAACUCUCUCAGAUUCCCGACUUCGCCCGGCGAGCGCACUGCAUCAUAUUCCAGUCUGUGUUCCAGGACUCCAUGUCAUCCGUCCAUCGCAAGGUGGACAUCAUCUCUACUGUGUGCAAGGCGUUUCUGGAGAACGAGAGCGUGAAGGACGUGAUCGGCCUCAUCCUGGCCUUCGGGAACUACAUGAACGGCGGGAACCGGACCCGAGGUCAGGCGGACGGAUUCGGUCUGGACAUUCUGCCUAAACUAAAAGAUGUCAAGAGCAGGGACAACCGGAUCAGUCUGGUGGAUUACGUGGUGUCUUACUACCUGAGAAACAUGGACGAGAACGCCGGAACAGAGAAGAGUGUUUUCCCGCUUCCAGAACCUCCGGAUCUGUUCCACGCCGCUCAGGUCAAGUUUGAAGAUCUCGAAAAAGACCUGCGCAAGUUAAAGAAGGAGCUGACAGCGUGUGUGAAGGAGGUUGGGCAGGUGUGUGAAAACUCUUCUGAGGAACAUCUACAACCCUUCAAGGACAAGAUGGAGACCUUCAUCAGCACCGCACAAUCUCAGUCCGAGACCGAAGACGAGCGGCUGCAGGCGGCGCAGAAGAGUUUCCAGGAAAUGGUGAAGUACUUCGGUCUCAAACCCAAGUCUGGAGAGAAGGAGGUUUCUCCAAACUUCAUCUUCAUGCUUUGGUACGAGUUCUGCAAUGAUUUCAAGAACACCUGGAACCGAGAGAAUAAAAACAUCUCCAAGGAGAGACUGAAAGAAGCUCAGCAAACCGUCCAGAAAAUCACAGCCGAGAAGAAAGUGGAGACGAAGAAGAUCAACGCAAACAGUCUGAAAGAGCGUCUGCGAAGGAAAGAAGCCGGCGUUUCGUCCAGCUGAAGACACGAGGCUCCAGAGAGAAACAUCAGUGACGUCUAAUCAUCAGUGCCUCGUGUUCAAACUCGCUUCUGCACCUUCAUCACUCGUCCUCCUCCUCACCGCUCGGACCUAUGCAACGUCCUCCGUCGUGUCCGCGUGACCUCCUGGAACAUGACCACACGGUCAGAUUUUAUUGACCUUUUUUAAUUUCUACGUUUAUUAUUAGGUGCGAUAAACGUUGAGCAUCAGCAUCCGCGAGACCCGGAGACCCGCGUCUUCUGAUUUAUUGCAUUUUGUUUUUUGUCGUUUUAUUAAAAAUAUUUGCAUUGAAA